AUUCGUUUUUCCGCGACAGUGGCACACGGACUGGCCGGUAAUUUAACAAAAAUAACGUUCACAACUUAAGCGUUUGACGUUGAAGUACCCACAUAUAAUAACAUACAACAUUUUGUAAUAUAACGAACAUACAGUGCUUCACUAGUUUUAGUGUUAAACAGAUAGCUAGAUAUAGAUAAUGCAAACCUUGAAUUCGCUUAUCAAUAAAUAGCUGAAUAUCUUAAAUAUCCAUUGACAACUUACCUCAGUGCCAGUACGCUUCAGAAACACAACAAUGGACAGCCGGGAGCAAUCAUUACGCGUUCUACUGAACAAUAUAGCAGCAGAGCAGGGCUAUGUAGACUACGAACUGAUUGUGGACGGAUUCUCGAGUGGUGGCGCCAACUACACCUCAAAAUUAUACACAGCUGUUAUAAGAAGCCCAGAUAAAGAAGAUCUCAACCUGUUUGCUAAAAUAACCAUUGUCGGGGACAAAAUUCGAGAAGGUAUAGGAUCAAGAAUGUUCGACACUGAAAGCUUUGUCUACAAUAAACUGGCGAAAAUUUACAAGGACAUAGAAGAAGAAAAUGGUCUGGCAGAGGAACACAGGUUGACAUUCCCGAAGUAUUAUGGAUGUGACGCCACGAAGUACCAGGAGACCAUAGUACUGGAGAACUUGGUGGCUGCAGGCUACUCCUCGUACGACAGGUUCAAGUCGGUGGAGUGGGACUACGCGAAGGCCACCGUGACGCAGAUGGCGCGCCUGCACGCACUCUCCUUCGCCUACAGCGAGAGGGACCCGGAGGAGUUCAAGCUUGUGCUAGCCGAACUCAGGGCGGAGAUGAAAGAGGGCUCGCUGGACGUCAUGGCUGAAGGUUCUAUCAAGAAUGCGCUGAAGCACGUCGACAACAGGCACAAGAAGCAGCUGGCGAGAUUCUACGAGUCGUCCAUGACGGAGAUAGUGAUCAAGACCACUCCGCCUUCCUUCCGGCCCGUCAUCGUGCACGGAGACUUCAGGGGGAGCAACAUCAUGCAUAAAGUAGACGAGACUGGUAAGGUGGACAUCAAGAUCGUGGACCUGCAGACGCUGCAGGGGGGCAGCCCGGUCACCGACCUGCUGUACUUCAUCUUCACGGGCUCCGACGAGCAAUUCCGCGCGCAGUACUACGAGAAGCUCAUCGACCACUACUACCAGGAGCUCAGCGCCGCGCUCAAGAGGCUGCACCUCAACCCCGACCAAAUAUACUCCCGCCAGAACUUCGAUGAGGAGCUGAAAGAGAAACUUCCAUUCGGCCUGGCCCUGGCUGUGUUCACUCUGCCGGUGAUCACCGUGGACACCGAUAAGGCUCCAAAAGUGAACGAGUCUAUGGAGAUAACCGACUUCUCCGUCAGCAACACUAGCGAGCUCUACAAGGAGAGGCUGAACGGAGUCAUCAACGACUACGUGCGCUGGGGAGUCCUCAAAUAAGGUCAACAAGCCUCCGAAUAUCAUUUUACAUCACUUUCAUUUCUUUGUAAGCCUAUGACAUUAUUAUAAGUAAUUGAUGUUCAUCAUUAGUACCUAAUUGUAUUUUUAAUUGUAUGUGUUCAGCGGCUCACCUGACUGGAAGUGCCAUGCUUGUUCCAAUAACUUCCUUUGAAAUAAUCAUUGUUUGAAAUUCUUGUAAUUCACUUUUGUAAUUCAAUAGUAUUAAUUCAAUAUUUUUUUGACUUUUCAUUUUUGAUCAAACAAUUUUAUGGUUAUAAUGGCGUCCAGGGUGGCUGUAUUUUUUGUGUGUUUUUAUUGUAUUGACUGUGCUUAAUGAUUUUCUAACGGAUGUGUCUGAACUCAUUCAAUUUGUAUUCAAAUAGUAUUCUUUUGAUUUUAAUGUAUGUUUUAUGAUAUUGUAAUUGAUGUAAUGCCUUAACUUGUACCUUUUUAUGAUAUUCACAAUAGUUAAGAUGAAUUUGAUGUGUAACUUUUGAUAAAAUAAAACAAUUGAAUAAUA